CUAGAAGCAAUCCUCUCCCUCCUCUUUCUCUCUCCCCCUCUGUGGCUUAUAAUCUUUCCCUUCGCCUCCACACCCUCAAUUAUUUCUCUGGUUUUCGUUCCCUCGCAGCUUCAUUGUCAAUUUCUUGGUUUUCGAGUUCCUCUGCUCCAAUUCGACCUCAGCUUCUGUCUUUGAGGACUCUCACCUGAAGUUUACUAUGGCAUCGAAACGCAUUUUGAAGGAGCUCAAGGAUUUGCAGAAGGACCCUCCGACUUCAUGCAGCGCGGGUCCUGUGGCUGAGGACAUGUUUCAUUGGCAAGCAACAAUAAUGGGACCUUCUGAUAGUCCAUAUGCGGGUGGUGUCUUCCUUGUCUCAAUUCAUUUUCCUCCGGACUAUCCAUUCAAGCCACCGAAGGUUGCAUUUAGGACUAAGGUGUUUCACCCAAACAUCAAUAGCAAUGGAAGUAUAUGUCUUGACAUUCUUAAAGAACAGUGGAGCCCAGCACUUACAAUUUCCAAGGUCCUUUUGUCAAUAUGUUCGUUGUUGACGGACCCCAACCCUGAUGACCCCCUUGUCCCUGAAAUCGCUCACAUGUACAAGACCGACAGAGCCAAGUAUGAAGCUACUGCUCGCAGCUGGACACAGAAGUAUGCCAUGGGAUGAUGGGUCCUGCCUUAUCUCAACUGGUUGAAUAAGGCUCCAGAAAAAUUAUUUCACUUCUCUUAAUGUAAACGAAUUAAAAAUGUCUUGAAUGAAUGCUUUCUCUUCUUGUCUGUGGAACUUAAAAUCGGUAAUUGGUGAGGGUGUUUGGCUAUCAUUUGUGAAUAUUCCUUUUGUAAGACGUUGGUGAUGUGGAGGUAAUUGUUCCUUAAACCUUUCGAACGAUCU